AUGUUCCAUGCAAGAAAAGAGGCUGACAAGAAAAAAUACAGAGCUGAAAACAUCGGAGUUCUCUCUGGGCCUCUACAUUUCCCAUGGUUUGACACGCUGAAAUCUCCGGUACUCCUCGACCAAUGCACAAUGGCACCUGGAUGGAACCAUGACUUGAACCUGAUUGUACCGCCCCUCAAGAUUCUUCGAACGUCUGGAUGA